AUGACUGUCUCGUCAAUUAAGAUUUUGUUGAAGAACGGCGUGCUUCUUAUUCAUGGAGACGACGGCAAAGUCAAUCCGCAGCGGUCGGAUAUUCUCAUCGAGGGAGACACGAUUUCCGAAAUCGGCACAACCGUCAGGACAACCGGCGAGGAUGUCAAAGUGUUAGACUGCGAGAACAAAAUCAUAUCUCCAGGCUUUAUAAGCACACAUCAUCACGUCUGGCAAACCGCGCUCAAGGGCCGCCAUGUCGACCACACUCUACUUGAAUACUUGCCGCGAGGAAACUUCAUUGGGUCAUUGUUCACCACCGAAGACGCAUUUUGGGGUGAACUUGGUGGCGCACUUGAAGCUAUUGAUGGCGGGACCACGACCAUUGUGGACCACUCCAGUCUGAACGUUGGCUCAGAAUUCCUAGAUGACUAUACAUCUUCACAUGUUCUCGAAAACUGGAAAUCUCUGGCGAGUAAGGGACCAUACGGAGACGGCCGAGUGCAGCUUGGUUUCGCGGUGGACAACUUGUAUCAGUCGCCUGACCAAAUGAAGCACCUCUACUCAGAGCUUCGGAACGCAAACGCGAAAGUUAUUACAUCACACGGUGCCGGCGGUCUAGCCUUUGGCAAUGGCCCUUCUGUCCUCCAGAUCCUCAACAACCACAACUUGCUAGGCUCAGAUAUACUGAUCUCUCACGCCAACUUUCCAAAGAAUGGCGACGCAGAGUUUGUCAAACAGCACAACGUCUACAUAUCUGCUACACCCAACACAGAGCUUCAGAUGGGGUGGCCGCCAGUCGCCCUUCAGCCUGAGUUUGAAGCAAAUUCCAGCCUCGGGGUUGAUUGCCACAGCUGUGGCAGCAGCUUCAUGCCUAGCCAGAUGCGACUCGGCCUGCAAUAUGCCCGGAUUGAAAGACAAGAGAAUCUUCGAAAACAGGGCAAGUGGAGCCGACAUGUCGGACCGUCGGCUGAGCAAGUCUUCAACCUCGCUACAAUUGGCGGUGCAAAGGCGAUUGGCAUGGCGGGCGAGGUUGGCCAGAUCCGCGUUGGAGCAAGGGCAGACCUGGUGGUAUUCAGCACCGACAGCCCCUCUAUGCUUCCUGCUGCUGAAGAGGACCCCAUUGCAGCCGUGGUUCUGCAUUCGAGUGAGAGAGAUGUGGAGAUGGUUAUUGUUGGAGGCGUGAUUCGGAAGGAAAAUGGCAAAUUACUACCGGUGUCAGUCACUAGUCAAGUGGAAGGAGCCAGUGACCUCGGUCUUCACGAGAAAAGCAUCACAUGGAAGGAUGUUGCCAAGAACUUGAUUGAGAGUCGGAAGAGAUUGAAUAAGAAGGCAGAAGGGAUUGACAUGACGGCGGUGGAAGAGACCAUCAUGGACAAUUUCUACAUGAACCGGAUAGAUAUGCUUGAGCAGUCAUGA